GUCAAAAUGCCUUCCGCCCAGCAGAACGCGACACACUCUGCCCGGACACCUGAGGCGCGCAACGCAGCCAACUCCUCAUCAGCAGAAUCUUCGUCGCCUCUUUGCAGGUAACCCCCCUGCUUUUCACUCUCGUUCUCUCUGGAUUCACUGCACAGAGGCUCUCAGAUGAGAAGAAAAUGAUUGUCUCGUUUCCACACUCAUAGUGGACCAUUCUUUUCUAUCCGGAGCUCCAAAACGCUAUCUCCCCGCCGACCUCUCCUCCAGAGCUCAGGACCCACAGAUAAACCUUCCCUUAAGCCUAGCUGUCGUCGUAGAAUCACUCCAGUGCCUCGCUAGUGCUGUGUUAAUAUGAGUGAUCUUGAUAGGGCGAUCGCCCAACUGCGCGCCUGUCGCUUAAUCCCCGAGGCCCAAGUCCGUGAGCUCUGCUACAAGGCGCGAGAACUUCUAAUCGAAGAAGGGAAUGUGGUUUGCGUUGACGCACCAGUUACGAUAUGCGGGGAUAUCCAUGGCCAAUUUCACGAUCUGAUGGAACUUUUCCGCGUGGGCGGAGAUGUUCCUGACACAAAUUACCUAUUUAUGGGCGACUUCGUCGACCGCGGUUUCUACUCGCUUGAGUCAUUUCUUCUCCUACUCUGUCUUAAAGUCCGUUAUCCCGAUCGCAUGACUUUGAUUCGUGGGAAUCAUGAAUCUAGACAGAUCACAACAGUCUACGGGUUUUACGACGAGUGUAUUCGCAAGUACGGGAGUGCCAACGUAUGGAGGUAUUGCUGUGAGGUGUUUGACUAUCUAGCACUGGGGGCCUUGGUCCUUGGGGCUAGUUCGGAGUUGCAACCGUCAGGGCCAGUUUACAACGACACUACUCAAUCGACCAUGUCAGCCCCCGUCAAUAGCGAACUUGAGACUGAGGUGCUGAACUCCAGGGGCGACGUCACCAUGAGCACUUAUAGACCAAGACAGAGGACCUCGUUAGACAAUGGCCACACAACACCAACCAAAGACCAGGCGCCCAUGAGGUCUGGCGCUCCUGGAACAGGCGCCUCUGGCAGUGGGGCAGGCAGUUAUGACAGCAGAACAGGGGCGGUGCUGUGUGUUCAUGGCGGACUUUCGCCACUCAUUGAUACUGUCGAUAAGAUACGUCUUAUUGACAGGAAACAAGAAGUCCCCCAUGAAGGCGCCAUGUGCGAUCUCCUUUGGUCAGAUCCCGACGAAAUCGACGGUUGGGGUCUAAGUCCUCGCGGUGCUGGCUUCUUAUUUGGUGCUGAUAUUGUGAAACAAUUUAACUACAAGAACGACCUUUCACUCAUUGCCCGUGCUCAUCAGCUUGUGAUGGAAGGCUACAAAGAGAUGUUUGACGGCGGGAUCGUCACAGUCUGGUCAGCCCCCAAUUAUUGCUACCGAUGCGGAAAUGUCGCCGCCAUCCUGGAGCUAGGCGAGGAUACCAGCAAUGGAGGUACGGUUACUCGAAGUAAUGGAGAUUACGGAAGAAGCAACGGUAUCUUGACUAGUGCCGUGGACAAGCCAGCUCUACGUAGCCCUGGAAGGAGAUACCGUGUCUUCGAAGCGGCUGCGCAGGAUACAAGAGGCAUGCCUGCGAAGAAACCAGUUGCUGAUUAUUUUCUGUGAUACCACACAACCGUACUUCUGUUUCCUUGGCUUCCUCCCAAAAGCCAACUUCUCAUACCCCCCUACUAUAUAUGUUGGCUCCUUAUUUUCAUCUUCCGUGAUUUUCUUAUCGUCCAUUACGGACCUUCUCCCCAGGUCCAUCUUCCUCCUACCAUAUUUCCUCGGUCUAUUGAACCGACUUUCCAAUUGAUGACGACAUUAGAUAUGUAAGCUUUUCCAAGCAUAUGUUUUUAAAGGAACGAAAUGGGAGUUUUAUUUUGCAUUGCCACGUAUGAUCUUCAAUCUAUCUUGAUUGUGUACGCAGGGGCGUCCUCCGUGUCACAGUAAUAUAAGCUAGGAAAGUGCGGUUGGUGCAAGAUCGAACCACCGCGUAAGACAUCCCUCCAUGGUAUAAAUCAGAAUCCCUU